AUGCACAUCGGAUUUUACCCCAAUUCGAAGUACACAAAGAUAAAAAGCUGGAGCAGACUCGAAUCUGAGUUCCAAGGCAAGAUUUCAAAGAACUCGUGCGCUAUACUUUUGAAGAAGUUCCCCGGGCUAGCAAAAUAUAAACUUUGCACCGCCUGAGUCAAACUCGAUAGCGCCAUUCAAAAGAAAGAACGUGAUUUCCUGAAAGCUCUGAAUUCUCUACCACUUGAUGCGAGCCGUUUCAUACUCUCGGUUUGCUUUUCUUUUCGUAUUUUGUUUCAUUUUUCGAAUUUAUUCUCUACUUCUUUGUUCUUUCUACCGCUUCUUUAUGUCCCUCCCUCGCCGUGA